ACACGCACAGAUGAUCAGAAACUACACCCUCAUACAACAUUUACAGUCUUAUUAUUUAUUUCCUGUUAUACUGGCUCUUCUAUUAAUUUUUUGGACAAAAUCGAAACACUUUCUACAAUAAUUUUUGUGAAGUUUGUUUCAGAGUCGACAGCAGAUCUUUGGUGAUUCUGAUGAUUAUUCAUUAUUGAAAGCAACAUUCAGAAAGCGAAAGUAAAGUUCAGAUCGUUGGAGCUUUUAUAAACAGUGAAAAUGGAUUCACUAUCUGUGGAAGAACUUUCUUGUCCCGUGUGCUGUGAAAUCUACAAGAAUCCUGUUGUUCUGUCGUGUAGUCACAGUGUGUGUAAAGAGUGUCUUCAACAGUUCUGGAAAACCAAGAGAACUCAGGAGUGUCCUGUCUGCAGGAGAAGAUCUUCAAGAGAUGAACCUCCUCGUAAUCUGGUGUUGAAGAAUUUAUGUGAGUUGUUUGUGAAGGAGAGAAAUGAGAAGGAGAUCUGCAGUUUACACAGUGAGAAACUCAAACUCUUCUGUCUGGACGAUAAACAGCCGGUGUGUUUAGUGUGCAGAGAUUCAGAGAAACACGUCAAUCAUAAAUUCAGACCCAUCAGUGAAGUUGUUCCAUCUUACAAGGAGGAACUCAAUACAGCGCUGGAGUCUUUACAAGAGAAACUCAAACACAAAGAAAACAUUAAAGGAGAGUUUGAUAAAUCAGUUAAACACAUCAAGACUCAAGCUGAGCACACAGAGCGUCAGAUUAAAGAGGAGUUUAAGAAGCUUCAUGAGUUUCUCCGAGAUGAAGAAGAAGCUACAAUCACUGAACUGAGAGAGGAAGAGGAGCAGAAGAGUCAGAUGAUGAAGAAGAAGCUUGAGGAGAUGAACACACACAUCUCAGCUCUUUCACACACAAUCAAAGACAUGGAGGAAAUGAUGAAAGCCAAUGACGAUGUCUCAUUUCUAAAGAACUUUAAUGUGACAAUGGAAAGAGUCCAGAGCUCACAGCCGGAUCCACAGAUGACUUCUGGAGCUUUCAUUAAUGUGCCACAUUACUUGGGCAACCUGACAUUCAGAGUCUGGAAGAAGAUGCAAGACAUUGUCCACAAGACUCCUGUGAUUCUGGAUCCAAACACUGCACAUCCACUUCUGAUCCUGUCUGAUGAUCUGACCAGUGUGAGAUUCAGCAAGAACAGACAAACAUUACCUGAUAAUCCAGAGAGAUUUGACUGUUAUUCGUGUGUUCUGGGUUCAGAGGGUUUUAACUCAGGAACACACUGCUGGGAUGUGGAGGUUAAAGACAAUAAAGACUGGAUUCUUGGAGUAACUACAGCAUCAAACCAGAGGAAGGGAAGAGUUUUCUUUAACACUGAUGUCUGGAGUGUGGGGUAUAAUAAGAAUGGAUUGUUCACAUGGUUUCCCUCCACUGUGUUUCGUGUCACACAGAAUCUUGAGCGUGUGAGAGUUCAUCUGGAUUAUGAUGGAGGAAAAGUGUCAUUCUCUGAUCCUGUAACUAACACACAUCUACACACAUUCACACACACAUUUACACACACACUCUUGCCAUUCUUCAGGAAUUAUGAUGCCACUCCUCUGAGGAUUUUACCAGUGUAAGACUGUCACAAAAAGUAUCUGCAUCACUUCCGGGAAAGUCAAAGAACUCUGCGAGAACCAACGUCAUAAGACUCUCACACAGAGGAGCAUCUCCACCUGAGAAAACACAUCCCACUGAUUGGGGACCAUAAAACGCAAAUCACACUCACAUCUGCUCUCUCUCUCUCUCUCACCUCAGGUCACCUUAAGGACACCUAAAACUAAGUUAUGACUUAUCCUGUUCUGUAAUGUAAAAGGUUUUCUGAUCAUACAUGUUUGGUAUCAUUCAAGAGGUCUCAGUGCAACUGGUAAAACGGUCUCAUUCCCUUUCAGCAAAGUCAAAUCACAAGUAAGAUUUCAGAACUUAAUAAAAUACAGUAUUCUAUCCGGGGCAUGCCCCUCCCAAGUCUCACACAGAAACCAGAUGCUGUAUGCAGAUUAGUUGUAUUCUUUGUAAACAUCAAACAACUUACUCAAUCAAAGGUUGACUUACAACUCCCUAAAUUAUAAACCAAAUCCUAAAUAACAUCAAACACACACAUCUGAAAUAACAAUGGAAUCGUUUGGUACUUAAGGAAGGAUGGCAGAGAAGCUCGGGGAAUCUGUAAAUCAGAUCUCCCAUGCUUCGUCGUUUGCAUGUAGUUUUUUCACUACCAGGUAAUUGCAAUUUGUAUUUCUUAUGUUUGGUAAAUGUUUGAAUGGAAUACAACUUUAAUUAUAUUAUUAUGCUUGGUUCACUGAUAGCUUUGAGUUUGAUUUAUUAUUUUAAUUGGAUUGUUUGAAUGUAUUACUAUUACCUGGUAAAUAAAUUGUUAUUAAGAUUCAUUCUGAAGGACUGUUUUCUAGUAUAUUUCUUGUUAACUACAAAUCUAUGGUCAGAGUUGGCUUAAUUAAGCUACUUCAGAAGUAACCCAUUAGUUAAGUAUGUAAGAGGCUAAACGGUAAACCGAGAACCUAUUAUAGAACUUAGCCAAGUAGAAUUAAAUGGGAAUACUCAAUGUAGGACCAAGAACCUGUAAAAAAGAACUUAAUUGACUGGGGUUAAACGGUAAACCGAGAACCUAUUAUAGAACUUAGCCAAAUAAGACUAAACGGAUAAAGCCGAGAACCUAUAAGGACUUAGUCUAAAACUUACUAAUAUCUGAAACUGAUGAAUUUGUAGUUAAAGGACCUGUGUCUGACCAGCACAGGACCCAAAUAACAUUGAAAUGACAAAUGCAGUCUAGAAGAGAGAAUUACUAAAAUUCAGAGCAUAGAUACAUCAACGAGGUUUUUCAUAAUUGGAGUCAGAUGAAAUAAAGAAAAGAAUUAAUGAUAAGAUUAAUAAAACAUGGAACUCAAAUCAAAUAAUCAAAGUAUUAUUUAAUGUCGCGCACGAUAAGACAGAACACGCAGGAGACCUUCAGACACGCCAUUGGAUACCGUCGUUGGAUCAGUGGGUGAAUUCCCCCUUACACCAGUAAAAUGUUUGUAACAACAGAAAAUCACAGUAAUAUCUGCAUCUUUUUUUCUUUGAGAUAUUUCAUAUUAAAUAUAUAAAUCAUAACCCAACAUAGACUAAACAACUAACAUUUAAUCAAAUAAGAUUGAGUAUUACCAUCCCACACGACUUCUUAACCAGCUCUUUCAUAGUUCAUAGAAAUCUGUUCAAUUUGAUCAUACUGUAAAAACACUUCAUUUCAACAUUUACUCUCCCCAUCCAGUCUGUUUGUUUGUUUUGUUUUGAUCUGUAUUGUUAAAUAACAACAGAAGGUCACAUGAUGACUUAAAGUUCAUCAAGAGUGAAUCAUCCAGGAGAAAUAAUUAAUACACAUGUAGAGACACGAACACAAAACACCAUCAGAGUAACACAUGUGAUACUAAAAUAAUGCAAUAAACAUCCAAAUAUAACACAGAACUCCCCAAAGUACAUAACUGAUAUUAAAGAAUAAGAAGAAACAUCUCUAUUUCCAUAGAAUAUAAUGAGAUGUGAAGGGUCACGCAGGGAAUUCUGGGAAAGCCCAAUUAUUGUUUUUCACCGUAAUUUUAACAAUAGUUUAGUGUAAAACUACAUGUAUUCUCUUGUUAGAUAUAAUAUACAUUUUUAACAUUAAUUAUACAGUGAAAUCAUAAUUUUACAUCUAAAAUAAAUACAAUAUUUGACUGUAAAUUUUUACUUUUUUAUAUAUGUUAAGGAAACUUCCUGUUAUAAUAUCUUGUGUCGCAAAUAUAGCGUCAAAUUAAGAAAAGUUCAAAACAACUUUAUAAAUAAAAUUUGUUGUCAAUGAGAAAUAUUUGCUGAAAAUGUUCAAUUUGCUGUGAAUAAAUGUAUUUUUAGGGGAAUUUACAAUUUUAUUAAAAAUGUGAAAUUAAUGUUUAAUUUUAUUGUAUUUUCUCUGUAAAAAUUAUUAUUUGUUUUUUACACUGGAAGAUUUUUUUUUUUUAUGGACAUUUUUAAAGAAAUCUCAAGUAUCAUGAGGUUUACCUUCAUUUAAAGGGGAAUGCCUGUUUUAAAUUUGAGUGGAGGUGGUGUAGUGGACUAAAGCACUGAACUGGUAAGCAGAAGGUUGCUGGUUUGAUCCCCACAGACAUCACCAUUGUGUCCUUGAGCUCUUAACUCCAGGUUGCUCCAGGGGGAUUGUCCCUGUAAUAAGUGCACUGUAAGUCACUUUGGAUAAAAGCGUCUGAUAAAUGUAAUGUAAAUGUUUUAUUCUGUAACACAUAUAAUGAGUUAAGAAUGAAAAUGUACAUUUUAUGUGAGUAAAUGUAUUUUAGGGGAAUUGAACACUUUUAUUAAAAAUAAUGAAUGUUUUUAUACUUGAAAUGGAAGAGCUUUAUGAAGUAGAAUCUCUGUACCUCUAGAUUUAUACAGUAUGCUAAAUUGAAAUGGUACAGCUGUCCUACCCUAUUUUUCCUCAUUCUGUUGUGGUCUGCAGGUAAAAGGUGAGUUUCAUGUAGUAUUAAGAUCAUCAAAUGGUUCAGUACUUUGUUACACUUAGUUGGUGAGUUUAGGCGCAUAACAUUUCAGUUUGAGAAAG